CAUUAAAAAUUAAGUCCUAAAAUCUAUUUAAAAAAUAUAUUUAUUAAGAAGCCGGCAUUUCUGCAUACGCGAGCUUGGCAGCAUAGAAAUGGGGUCCAAAAAAAGUGGCUGGUGACCAAAGUGCUUUACGUAGGGUUAAACCGGGUCUUUGUAUGCUGCUCUCUUUCCUUGUGAGCGUUGAACUCUUUCCGCGCUCUCUUGGAAACAUUCGUGUGGAUGAGCAGAUAUGGAGGGAGACAGAGUCGGAGAUUCGUCGGGUUUCAGUUCACACGUCGGAUUCCACACAUGUUUUGGACAAAGUUCGAAGCGUGUGGGCGCCUCUUCCACGCCGAUUAUUCUCUCAAUUGAUGAGAUGUGGCAUCUCAGUCCCUCCCCUUCUAGAAACAAAGCCUGUGAUUGCGGGUGAGGUCGUAUUUAUAAUUUUCCUCCCACGGCGAUGUACAGGUCAACUGCCACCAAAAAUUCAAACAGUACCCCCUUCCAUGGAGCGAGAGGGGGACACACAAAUAUAUCCCCCCCAUUUUAGAGAGAGAUACUCAUUUAGAGAGAGAGGGGUUCUGGAUGUAGUAACCAUGGAGCUGAGCCGACUCUGCAUCAUCUUACCAGCGGAUGUCGAUGAGAUCUUCACCGGAGAUGACAAUUCUGGCCAUGACAUCCCCCCAAAGCACCAAUCGUUGUGCUGCUCGAUCUCCGGCCUCCUUCACCGCUCCCUCCUCCACCUCCGAGAUUGGACCCGGCGCUGCAAUUGCUUCCCCUCGAGUCGUGCUCAUAAACCCCUGCAGUUCCAUGACACUCCGGGAAUUUUACUUCCUGGCAAGGUUCAUUGCAACAACCCGAGGAUCUUCAGUUACUCUGAGCUCUACAUCGGGACCAACGGAUUCUGCGAAGAUGAGGUUUUGGGGAGCGGGGGAUUUGGACGUGUGUAUCGUGCGGUUCUCCCUAGCGAUGGCACCACUGUUGCUGUUAAGUGUGUGGCUGAAAGGGGUGGAAGCAGUUCCUUCGAGAAGACGUUCGUGGCCGAGCUUGUGGCGGUGGCACAGCUCCGCCACCGAAACUUAGUUCGUCUGAGAGGGUGGUGUGUUGAGCGUGAUGAGCUCCUCUUGGUUUAUGACUACAUGCCCAAUCGGAGCCUUGACAGGAUCCUCUUCCAGAGGGCAGAGGGCACGGUGACACUUGAUUGGGGGCGCCGAUGCCAAAUUGUUUCAGGGCUCGCCGCCGCGUUGUUCUACCUCCACGAGCAGCUGGAGACACAGAUUAUCCAUCGGGAUAUCAAGACGAGCAACGUGAUGCUCGACUCUGGCUACAAUGCGAAGCUCGGGGACUUCGGUUUGGCGCGGUGGCUCGAGCACGAGCUCGAGCCCCAGUCGCCCCAAUCCCCGCUCAUGUCGUCAUUGUCCUCGUCGUCCUUGUCGUCUGUGUCAACUGCUUACUAUUGUUCGCAGUUUCGGCUGGCUGAGACCAGUAAGAUAGGGGGCACCAUUGGGUACCUCCCGCCGGAGAGCUUCCGGAAGCGCAACGUUGCGACUGCUAAGUCAGAUGUGUUCAGCUUCGGGGUCGUGGUGCUUGAGAUUGCUUCGGGAAGGCGUGCAGUCGAUCUCAGCUUCCCUGAUGAGCAGAUCGUUCUGCUGGACUGGGUCCGCCGACUCUAUGAUUCUGGGAAGCCUCUCGAUGCCGGGGACCCUCGGCUGCCGGAUGGCUCGUACGCCCUUGCCGAGAUGCGCUGCCUCAUCCACCUUGGUCUCCUCUGCAGUCUCAACGACCCACAAGCUCGGCCCACCAUGAAAUGGGUCAAUGAGGUGCUCUGCGGAGACAUAAAUGAGCUGCCCUCUCUUCCAUCUUUCCAGGGUCUCCCUUUCUACAUCUCGUUAUCAUCAAAUACAGACACAACCACAACCACCACCACCACCACCACCACCACUGCCACUAUAAUCACCACCGCCACCACCACAAACUAUGUAACCGCUCGUACCAGUAGCUCAGCCUCUAGUGGAGCCUCUGACUGGAGCUCCGGCUCAACAUCCCUUCCAGUCAUGGUCGACACCCCACGAGAAUUCACCUACGAGGAUCUGGCUGCUGCCACUGACAACUUUUCGAGCACCCGAAAAGUGGCAGAAUUGGACUUCGGCACAGCCUACCAUGGCAUCCUGCCCAGCACCCGCAGGGCUCACAUCCUCGUCAAGCGGCUUGGUUGGAAGACGUGCCCUGCUCUCCGGGAUCGCUUUGCCGGAGAGCUCCGCAACCUCGGGCGCCUUCGUCAUCGCCAUGUUGUGCAAUUGCGUGGUUGGUGCACCGAGCGUGGUGAGAUGCUCGUUGUCUAUGACUAUCUCGCGGGCCGCUCCCUCUCGAAGCUCCUCUUCCACCAAAAGACCACUGUACUGGGAUGGCGACACCGCUACCGCAUUGCACAGGCCCUCGCCUCCGCGCUGCUUUACCUACAUGAGGAGUGGGAGGAGCAAGUCAUCCACAAGAGUGUCACCUCAUCGUCCAUAGUCCUCGACCCUGACCUCAGCCCACGGCUUGGAGCGUUUGCUCUGGCAGAGUUCCUAGUGCGAAACGCGCAGGGGCACUCAGUGUCUGGCACCGAGAGCUCAGUGCGUGGCAUAUUUGGUUACAUGGCACCAGAGUACAUAGAGACAGGCGAGGCUUCAGCCGCGGCCGAUGUGUACAGUUUCGGGGUUGUGCUUCUGGAGAUGGUGACAGGUAGAAUGGCGGUUGACUUUCGGACGCCAGAGGUGUUACUGGUGAGGUGGGUGCGUGCGAUGGAGGGGAGGGAGUUGUUGCACGAUUGCGUGGAUCCUCGGCUCGACGACGAGUUCGAUGGGUCUGAGCUCAUGAGGCUCGUGAAACUGGGUGUGGUGUGCACUAGGUUCGAGCCCAGGGUGAGGCCAAGCAUCAGGCAGGUUGUGAGCAUUUUGGGGGGCAAUGAUGACUGCUUGAACUCGUUGCUUAGAGGGUCUGGUGGGGAGAGUAGGGAGGACUGGGAAGCAAGGCAUGCUUGCUCCUUGGCUCUGGUUAAGAGAAUACAAGGACUAGGUAUUCACUAGAAAUUUGGUAUAGAAUUGAGGAUACAAGUUAGUUACAGUUACUUGCGAGUAAUGUUCUUGUUCAAAGAUUGUGAAAUGAUAGGAUGUAUUCAUAUGAAUGGAGGUUUUCACAGUU